AUGGAGGCUGGAAACCAAACCAUGGUGAAAGAGUUCAUCAUUUUAGGGUUGACACAGGAUCCUACCCUCCGUGUCAUUUUCUUUGUGCUAUUUCUAGAAAUGUAUGCUUUCACUUUAAUAGGCAAUAUCAGUAUCAUCAUUUUAAUAAGAAGCUGUCCCCAGUUCCACACCCCCAUGUACCUGUUCCUUAGUCAUCUGGCUUUUGUUGAUAUUGGAUAUUCUUCACCAAUUACACCUAUAAUGCUUACAGGAUUUCUUGUACAUAAAAUUUCUCUCCCUGUCGCUGGCUGUGAAGCUCAGUUCUGCAUUGCAGUAAUGUUUGGGACGACUGAGUGUUUUCUGCUGGCUGUCAUGGCCUAUGAUCGCUAUGUGGCCAUCUGCUCGCCCUUAUUGUACUCCACACAUAUGUCUCCUAGAGCAUGCAUGAUCUUAGUUGGGCUUUCGUAUAUAGGUGGCUGUGUGAAUGCUUCAACAUUUGCUGGUAGUUUGUUAAAAAUGUCCUUCUGUGGACCAAAUCAGGUAGAUCACUUUUUCUGUGACUUUUCUCCUUUGUUGAAACUUUCCUGCUCAGAUGUCUCCAUUAUUGCAUUUAUCCCCUCUAUUUCUUCUGGCUCCAUGGUUGUGUUCACAGUGUUUGUCAUAGGCAUAUCCUAUGUCUACAUCCUCAUCACCAUCCUGAAGAUGCACUCCACUGAGGGCCGUCACAAGGCCAUUUCCACCUGUACCUCCCACCUCACUGCAGUCACUCUCUCCUACGGAGCAAUUACUUUUACUUAUGUGACACCCAAGUCCAGCCAUUCCACUAGUCAGAACAAAGUGGUGUCCGCGUUCUAUACAGUGAUGAUCCCUAUGUUGAACCCUCUCAUCUACAGUCUGAGGAACAAAGAUGUAAAAGAGGCUCUCAGGAAGACAACCAUCAAAAUACUUUCAUGGAAAUAA